AUGGGGCUGUUGGCGCUACUGAAGAAGCUUCGACCAAACAGGGACAAGGAGGUGAGGAUCCUGCUUUUAGGUUUGGAUAACGCGGGCAAAACUACGCUUCUUAAGGGACUUGCGUCUGAGGAUAUUACUCACGUCACUCCGACUCAGGGUUUCAACAUAAAAAGUGUCGUUUCUGAAGUCUUUAAGCUGAAUGUUUGGGACAUCGGAGGACAGCGCAAAAUCCGGCCUUAUUGGAAAAACUACUUCGAGAACGUAGACAUUCUCAUCUACGUCAUCGACAGUUCAGACAAGAAGCGCUUUGACGAAACGGGGCUGGAGUUGAUGGAACUUCUUGAGGAGGAAAAGCUCUCUCAAGUGCCUUUGCUGAUCUUCGCUAACAAACAAGACCUGGUCAACGCUGUGUCUGCCAGCGUGCUAGCAGAGGCUUUGCAGCUGCACAAGAUCAGAGACCGCCAGUGGCAAAUACAGGCUUGUUCUGCAAUAACGACCGAGGGGGUCAAGGUAAAAGUGUUUUUUUAA